AUGUUCCCAUGUGAUUUGUAUUUAUAUGCAAAAUUUUGGGAUGAAUUUGGACAUGGAGCGGUGGAUGUAGAUGGAUUGACAACUACGGACAGUUUGUUGAAGGGUGGGUAUCAGGAUGUUCCUUGUUUGCAAUAUGGAGAAAAUAUUGAUGUUGACGCAGCGAUCAGUUUUGUUACAUGA